AUGAGAAGGACCAUAUUUCCAGUCUUUUUAGUGGUUUUUCUACUGAAAAGACACGUCUCCGGAUAUGCAAGUGCUCCAGGAACAUAUCCAGAAGAAGAGAUGAAGGCGGGAAAUGACCUUGAAGUUCCAAAGAAUCCAUACCAGAGCGCAUGGACUGGUUAUGAGUUUUACUAUGAAAAGGAGUCGAAGAAAAACCCAGCAUAUGUAGAUAGUGGGAAAAUGCCAGCGUUCCAGUCAAUUGAGGAAGUUUCCUCGGAUCGUGAAUCUCCAGCAGAUCCUCAGAACCUUGCAUAUCAAGCUUCUGGAUCAGAAGGUAGAUCAUCAACCAAGCAUACAUCAACUUCAGUAGCUCCAGAGUCAGUAGAAGAAAAAGUAACUGAAAAAGUUUUGGUUUCUCCAAGUUCCAGCAUCAAAGGUAAGUGUUUCAUAUUGUAUCUACAACAGUGUGAUUCACUUCUUCACUUCUUCACUUCUGUCACAUGUCAUUUGUCUACAGAUGUGCCUGUAACCACUAUCGCACCAAUCUUCACAAAUGUCACAGUAUCCACGUCACCAACACCAUCACUUAGUUCAAACCCACCAUCACCAAUAGAUCCGGAAAGUGGAUCAGAUGAGUUGGCUGCUGAUCAGACGUUGUACGGGGGAGACCAAGAAUCUAACGAAAAAAAAGAGGCAGAGAAAGACUCCAUCACUACCAUUCCACCACCACUUGUUUUUUCACCAAAACUAUCAAUGUCACGUGACCCACCACCUCCUUCAUCGACACCAAGAAAUCUACUAACCAUGCUGAUCGAAAAGAAAAAUGGAGAUACUGCUGAAGAUUCUCAUGAGUCCGGGUAUGAACCGGGAAACCCGAAAAAUUCCAAGUGGAGUGAAAAGAAAGGACGAGCACCUGGAACAGAACCAAAAUCGGCCGGGGAUCAUAAGUCGUUUAUUUUAAACACGGCUGAACAGACUGGAUAUGAGAAUUCUCUAGAAAAAUCUUUAACACCUUCAUUCGCAUCUCAAGAUACUAAUCAGAGCACAGCUUAUUCUGGUUACCCAGAAAAUAUUGGAUCGUCCAAGUCAUCCCCAAAAGCGGAUCCAAUCAAUGCUGAAAGUUCAGAAAGUUCUGGUUACCCAGGCAGUUUUGGAACAUCUCCACAACCUCCGGAUUCUUUUAGAGGCGCUCCACAAGAAAAACCAAGCUUAAAAGCGGUUCCAACGGCCUUCUCGAGAAAUUCCAUAAAUCCUGAAAUUACUGAAAUGUCUCUUAUUUCUUCCACUGUAUCAUAUGAGGCGACUACCCCUACCACCACUGUACCCUCGGACUCAGAUGAUUAUGCUCAAAAUGAACCGCAAGCUAAUCCGUUAGUGCCGGAAAGUUCUAGAAUUUAUCCAACUCAAGAAACUCAACCCAGUCCGCCUAAACAACCUCCAACACUUCAACCCUACAGUAACCCAUCUAUCCCUAAUCUCAAUCAUCAUAGUGUCUCCCAAGAGCUCCAUGGGGAAACACUAAUUCCAGAAGCUCAAAUUGAUUAUGGAACCAUUCCUAGCGACCCAAUUCGACUUGAAAACUACAGUAACCCAGUCACAUCAAACCAUGGAAAUUCACCCGGCAGUGAGCCAAGCCUUGAACGUCCUGCACCUCAAUCUGUGAUAAGCCACAUAUCAGAUGUGGUAAACUAUAACAAUCAUAUUGACAAGCUGCCAAAACCUACGUCACCUAUAAUAGAAAACGCUUGGAACUAUAGGAACUCAAACAACGCGAUUUCGGCACGAGACCAAUAUGAUCACUUUGGCACUGCCCGUCAUCACCCAGCACCACCAUCACCACAUCAAUCUUUAUCACAGAAGCACUUUACACAUGGAAGUUUUGAAGAGGAUCCAAGUGAUGAGAUGGACGGCGGAUAUGAUAACAAUGACGUCAUCGUUGUUCCUUUAAGGUCGAGUGCAUCAUCAUCACAUAGCACUGCCAGCACUACAAGCAACACUGAAGUUCGUGCACAAAUUUCAGAGAUCGAUCGAAUUGCUGAAUCAUUUGAAAAUUCGGCACGCGAGCCUGUGGAAUACGAGCAAAAGAUCACAAGCGAGUCUUCCAAAGGGAUUACUGUAGAAGCUGGAAAAGAAAUCAUGAAGCAUUUGGGAAGGAAAUCCAGGAAAUGUUGUUCGUGCUGUGAUGAAAAACAACCAGUCUCUAGAAAUAUUGAGACCAAGGCCGACCCACAUCACGUACAACAGGCAGUCGACCCGUCAAGGCAGCUGGGUGAGCGUGAUCCAGUGGAAAACUAUGUACCACUCCAAAGCACAGUUGGAGGAAACGCCUAUGUGCAACAACCAGCUGCACCACCACCGCAACAAACCUACUACCAACAGCCCUUCCAACAAUAUCAAUCUCAAUAUCCUCAAUCUUAUCCAUACCAACAACCAUCAUCUUGUGGCUGCCAACCUCAACCUCAAAAUUGUUGUGCUCCACCUGCACCAUGUUGUCUUCCAACUAUUCCAUGUUGCCCACCGAUCCCAUGUUGUCCACAACCCAAAAUCUGCUGCCAGCCGACACCAAUCUGUCUCCCUCCUCAACAAUGUUGCUCGAUUAACUUUAAGCUUCCAACGAUUCCAAUCUGUGGCAGGGCUUGUCCAUCAUGUCCUUGCCGUAGAAGAGUCCAUAAGUCCCUUCGUCUGAAACGACACGCCAUUUCGUCCAGCUGUCAUCAGUGCUCCGCAGCUGGCGAGCCAUGGAAAUCCGUACUCCAUCAACACAGAGAGAAGAGAGCUGCUCCAGGUUGUUCAUCUGGAUUCUCUACAGUGCAACAAAACUCUUGCGGAACCUGUGGAGCUUCAAACCUGCGAUCACCACGUGUCAAGCGUAUGGGAUGUCUUCCAUGUCUUGGAAGAAAAAAGAGAGAUACCGAGGAGAAUUCGCAUAUUAGAGUUAAGAGAAUGGGUUGUCUCCCAUGCCUGAACGGUAGAAAGAAGCGUAGUGCACUGAGCUCUGGAUGUUCCCAAUGUAACAGUUUGGGACAUUUGUUCAAUAGAUACAAGAGAAGUCUUUUUGGAUGUUCACCAUGCACUUCACAGCCUUCCUGUGGUUGCCAGGGUCGAAAGAAACGGUCUCUGACAGUCAAAAUGGUCAAGAAAGCUCCUGAACAAUGUGACGCGACAUGCUGUGACUAUUCAAGGUACUCAAUCCGUAACACCUGUAAUAAAAGCACCCGUCACAUGCUUCAGUAG